GGGUUCGGUUUUAAUCUAUAUAAGUAGGGUGGAAAGAACGAUCGUCGCGAUUAUUUACAUGUCUCCGGUGAAAAGUGAUGGACGUCUGUCGGUCUGGUCCAGUGUGGUGAACGACAUUUCGAGUGUUUGAAACGUGAAAUUCGAGAAGAUCACGUGCAAACAGAGCGAGAGAAGGAGAGCGCGUGCCGUGUGGUUGAAGCGGUCUUGAUCGCUGCUAGUUUAUUGACUCUUGGAUCGGUACAAGACGGCGCAGUUGUGCUUUUGUUGUGGACGAAAACAGUACCGAAAUCGAUCAAUAGCUGCCCGAGGAGUGCAGUGGGUGCAGUUUGCAAGAUGAAGCUUUUACUUCUGUUAACGGGAUGCCUAUCCUGCAUAAUCGCCCAUUCCUACGCACACCCGAUGAGGGUCAGUAAACCACAGGCUCUGGUCACCAGCCGGGAAGAUCGUUCACUAGACAGUGACACGGCCGCGAUUUCCGUUCCCGUCAGCAAGGAACCGGCACCACCGAAGAAACCUGGCUCAGGUUACUUCAUUCGAGUGAUCCCCAAGGAGCAGGAUGAAUUCGAACGACUGAUGGAUUUUUUCGCAGCUGGGGAGAUCGAUUUGCCAAGCGAGUUAGUCGAAUCUCCCCAAAAGAUGUCCUACGGAUCCUAUAAUCCCCGAAAGGAUGACCUCACGGAACCACUGCUGCCGCCACCAAUCGAGCAGAACGAACCCAACUACUACGCUGCCAAGCAGAGGAAGAGCAAGAACAAGAAGUACGUUCCCAAUCAGAAACUGGUGAACAUUAAGAAUGCGGAGAACAUCGAGAAAAUCGAAAACGAAAAGUCAAGGCAGAACAACGGGUGGUCCAGCGGGGAAAUAGACGAGGUGGACUUUCUGGCAGGGUUGGAUUUGGAAAAGUUAUUGGCGUCGGCCUGGCUGACUCAGGCCGAUGCCGACGUGGAGGCUGCCAAGGGGAAGGCUACCAAGGAGCUGAAGCAUACCGAGUUGAACAUGGGAGAGUUCAUGCCUAGCCAACAGCGACGGAUGGACGAACAUACCAGGUGGCUGCCGACUGAGAACGAAGGUGCUCGAGUUGAUUAUCAGCUGCACGGUCAUAGAGGACCGGAUAGCUAUGCGUUUGGAUAUGACACGGGUAGCGGGAAGAACCGGCAGUUUCGCGUAGAAGAACGUGACAACGAUGGCAACGUUAGAGGCCGCUACGGAUACUACACCAGAAGUGGCAAGUUUCGAAUCGUAGAUUACAGUUCGUCGCCUGAGAAGGGCUUUCGAGUCGAGAGCUAGGAGCGUGCAAUUUCUCUAGUUAUUUAUUGUUAUUGUAUUGUACAAAUUUUAAUAAAAAAUAAAACAAA